CAGAGGACGGUCCUCCACCUGCGAAAGAUUUCACUUCAUAAGUAACAACACGAGCCAGCGGGGUUUUCUUCACAGCGGGAGCUCUCAGAUUUUAGCCAACGCAAAAGGCUUCCAGGCGAUGCGUUUUUGGAGUUUCACCCUCUCGGCGUCCGACCAAUGGACUGAUGUUUCUUUACACCUCCGCUUUGAGAAAUCUGUUUUUGGGAGUCAGAGUUUCGUGAAACUAAACUAUGAUUUGUGGCUGCGUUGAGGAAUGUCUCCUGUAUUCUUGUGUGACACAAGAACAUCCAAACGCCCACGACUUGGUCAGGAAGAAAGCGGUACCCCUAUUUGGAUUAUGUGUUUGACAAAUGUAAACAUAUGGAAGAAAUAAAAAAGUGAGCACAUGGGAAACCCACCAGGAAUGAAUCGGUCCUUUAUUAAGGUUUUGGCAGCUUUAUUUACAUAUUUCAUGGAGACAAACAACUUCAGAGUUGUGGAUGCCAAGGAGCACGAUUCCAGAUCAUCCUCCAACAUGUCUCCAUCAGACUUUCUAGACUCACUCAUGGGUCGCACGUCCGGGUAUGAUGCACGAAUAAGACCGAACUUUAAAGGUCCACCAGUUAAUGUUACCUGCAACAUAUUUAUCAACAGCUUUGGUUCUAUAGCAGAAACUACAAUGGAUUACAGAGUGAAUAUAUUCCUGCGGCAGAAGUGGAAUGACCCUCGGCUGGCGUACAGUAAAUACCCAGAUUCCUCCCUCGACCUGGACCCGUCCAUGUUGGACUCCAUAUGGAAGCCAGACCUCUUCUUUGCCAACGAGAAAGGGGCCAACUUCCAUGAUGUCACCACAGACAACAAGCUGCUGCGGAUCUUCAAGGAUGGGACUGUCCUCUACAGUAUCAGGUUGACUCUCAUUCUGUCUUGCCCGAUGGAUCUGAAGAACUUUCCGAUGGAUGUCCAAACUUGUACCAUGCAACUGGAAAGUUUCGGGUACACCAUGAAUGACUUGAUCUUCGAGUGGCUGGAGAACGGUGCGGUGCAGGUGUCAGACGGGCUCACGCUGCCUCAGUUCAUUAUGAGGGAAGAGAAGGAGCUGGGAUACUGCACAAAACACUACAACACUGGUAAAUUCACCUGUAUAGAAGUAAAAUUUCAUCUGGAGAGACAGAUGGGGUACUACCUGAUCCAGAUGUACAUUCCUUCCCUCCUCAUUGUCAUCCUCUCAUGGGUGUCGUUUUGGAUCAAUAUGGAUGCUGCUCCCGCCAGAGUGGCGCUGGGCAUCACCACUGUGCUAACCAUGACCACCCAAAGCUCCGGCUCCAGAGCAUCUCUUCCAAAGGUCUCCUACGUGAAAGCCAUUGAUAUCUGGAUGGCUGUGUGUCUGCUCUUUGUAUUUGCUGCACUGCUAGAAUAUGCUGGGGUUAAUUUUGUCUCCAGGCAACAGAAAGAGUUCCUUCGCCUGAGGCGAAGACAGAGGAGGAAUCACAAGGACGAUGAAGGCCGCUUUAAUUUCGCUGGCUACAAAAUGAGUCAGUGUCUCCCAACGAAGGACGGCUCAGCUGUCAAGAACGCUGUUCCAGCUGCGAACCCUCAACCAUCAGUCCCCAAGGACAUCGACACCAUGAGGAAGAAGUAUGUGGACAGGGCUAAGAGGAUAGACACCAUCUCCAGGGCCGCCUUUCCUAUGGCAUUCCUCAUCUUCAAUGUCUUCUACUGGGUCACCUACAAGAUCAUCAGGUAUGAGGACAUCCACCAGAAGUAAAGACUUAACCCUGGACAAACAACAUUUAUUUUUUAAUUUCUCAGAUUGAGAAAUGCUUGGAAAGCCCAGUGAGAGGAGAUGGGAGAAUGUGCAUUGAGAGGACCCAUGGUGGUGAUGAAGGUGUUGUUCUUUCAGGGAUAAUGUAUAAUGUUCAUGCAUCGUACAGUAAUGCUCAUGUUCGGACAUUGCGAGCAGCUCUUGAGACGCUGAUGAUUUUUGUUGUUGUUGUUGACCUGCUGCAUAACAUUUCCUGACAGAUCUGGAAAAAUGGUUUUAACUCGAGGCUCAGUAACAUGCUGGAGAAGAUGGACCAAUUUUUUCUUAAUCAAUUUUGCCUUGGCAUCUGUACAAGGAACAAAGAAACAUUCCAUGGAGUUGUAACUGUAAGGUAGCGUAAUUAGACACUCAAACACUUUUUUGUGAUUGCAAAAAAAAGGAUGUUUAGGACUCUUUUAUAUUGUACUAUUGUCAUGGCACUUCCUCUCCGUUUGUAUAAAAUAAAGCAGCAUAGCGUACGGGCAACAAAAAGCACACACAGACACAUCGGUCAGACAUUAGGCAGCAGCACACAUUUCAGGCAUGAGCGCGAACAAAGCAGAUGAAAAUUGGAUACUGAAUUUUUAUGAAAUACUUGAGGCCUUAGACAUCAAAGAUUUGGAGAGACGAAGUGCUUCUCUAUUUUUCAAGCAUCUCCUCUUGUUCAGUGGUCUAUCAGAGCCGAAUGCAGCGUUUGAUCUUUUCUACCUGUGGCCACACGUCCACUUGUUGUUUGGUGUAUUAUAAAUCAUAUUCUUGGACAAGGGAGGUUACUUAAAAUCAAUGUAAGUUUAUUCCAAUGUUAAAAAAAACCACAUUUUUCAUUUCUAUUCUAAAAUAAUCUAAACAAAUAUAUCAUAUAUUUCACAGGCUAGGUUCAUAAAAGUACAAUUGGCCAAGUGUAUAGGUUAGCCCACAAACUGUGAACACGCACUGCAUUACUCAAUGGUGUCAUAUGUCCAUAUGCACAUGUAUUCAUUUAUGUUCCAGGUAAAUACUCCAGGUAUCUUUGGUAUGGUUUUAGAGUUUGAGCCUAUGUUUUUUGUAGAUUUAGUGUGAUGAAAUAUUUAUUGUAAUGGAGGAAAGGUUAUGUUUAUUAAAAAAAGAAUAGCUUUCUGUAUACUUCUACAACCUCCGCUGUGGCCUGUUUCCCUUCACUUGGCGUGUUUGUUGCUGGAUGAUGACAUGUGUUUGUAGAUGGAUUCAACAGUGAAGGACAGAACUGCAUAACAUUGAUGGUACAGAGCAGCUAGUGGUGCUUGCACUCCUGAUAUACUGUGGUGAACAACUCCUUUUUUGAAUGCUAUUCCUUAUUUGCUGGUCCGUACAUCAAUAAACUUGACUGCACCAUAUUUACUUUACUUCCACUUCUCCUGUCAUGUAUAUGGUUGGGGGCUU